CUGACGAGACCUGGCACUAACGACCGACGUGGCCAUGGCUUACCCCAACUUCUCUCGGGCCCUGGGCCUGGGUCUGCUCGCGCUCUGCCUCCUGGCGCUGCCCCGCGACGCCCGUGCUCGCCCGGCGGAACGCUUAGUCGGAGGACGCCAGGACCUGUCACCCAGUGACCCGCAGGUGCAGAAGGCAGCGCAGGCGGCCUUGGCCAGCUACAACAUGGGCAGCAACAGCCUCUACUACUUCCGAGACACCAAGAUCCUCAAGGCCCAGAGUCAGCUGGUGGCCGGCAUCAAGUAUUACCUGACCAUGGAGAUGGGGAGCACUGCCUGCCGCAAGAGCGUGGCCACUGGAGACGGCGUGGACCUCACCACCUGCCCCCUGGCCACAGGAGUGGAGGAGGAGAAACUGCGCUGUGACUUUGAGAUCCUCGUGAUCCCCUGGGAGAAUUCCUCCCAGCUUCUAAAGCAUGACUGUGUGACCAUAUCCUAGGCCCCUUCGGGCAUGGGGACCAGAAGGAGCAGGUGCAGCGCGGAGGUGCUUCAGGUCCAUGGACACAUUUGUCACAAUAAACUGCUGCCUCUGCUUCUCA